AUUCGUGACAGAAUACCAGAACCAAAAGGAAAAUGAGAAGAAAAACAAUGGACAUUGCUUCCAUUAAUGUUGCCCUGACGUGGGGUAAUAAUUUACUAAAGGGAGGAACAGUGUUUGUAUUCCAGCAAGGUAGAGACUUGGAACUUUAUGUGGAGGAGUUCCUUGACAUCUGCCAUCUUGCCACCUGUGAUGACGUCUGUCUUAUGGAGGGAUUUAGGUGUGGACUGGAUGAAGAUCUCCGCUUUGUCAUGCCCCGCGGUGCUCGCAGCUGGACCCUAGAGUCUUAUAUUAACUUUGCGCUGUGGACAUAUGGAUCCACAUUCACAGUGGGCGAAGUGGAGGAUGAUAACAGCCUCGUCCAAUCACACUGCACAGACAUCGCACAGUUAGACCCAGAGCGCAACCCACCAACACCCCUCACCAAGGAGACGACAAUGCCAGAGCCCCCUGCAGAAGGAGAGCUUCCGUCCACUGUGAGAAUGGAGCCUGUGAUGACAGCACUCACUUACGCCCCGGAGCUGAAGCCCCUAUGUAAGUCUGACCAGGGGUGUGAGCCGGCAACAGCCGUCCCUGUGGGAAUGUUGGUGAUACAUUGAUACUGGGGAGGAUUGGCUAAUUGACUGGAACACGGAGGCACUGCUUUCCACCCUACCCCACCCUGAUAUUGCUACGCUUUCUUCAUCGCUGCCGAUUUUACCCAGCACUAAGACUGAUUCUUCACCUGGUAUGAACUGUGAAUUAUUAUGUGAGAUCCCAACCAACCUCACUCUCCUACCGACACUACCAAUCCCAUCCAAUCCUCCAGCCCUUCUUCAGCUGGAUGCCUGCAGCCCUUUGUAUUCCCUAGUGAUGCCUUCCAGCGACGUAAAGCCUCAGGUCAUGCAGUCACCAGCCUCGGCUGAGUCAGUGGAUCUUUUGGCUCUGCCUCUGGCCUCUGAUCCCUUCCCUCCACCUCGGCCCGUCGACCAUUCGGUUCCACCAUGGCUCCUCCCUCCCUCGGCUCCACCAGAGACCCUCGGCCUUACGACUUCACUGGGUUCCGUUGUCCCUCCAGCUCCACCUUGGUCCGACAUCCCUCUGCCUGUGCCACGGACUUACGAGCCCUCUGCAGUGAUCUGUCUCUCCACCCCUACGGCUUCGGCGGGCUCCUCCUUCCCUACGGCUCCAUUUCAGUCCUUGGUCACACCAGCUCAGCCUUAUUCCUCGGGCACUCAGGCUCCACCUCAGAUGCUCGUCGCCACGGCUCCACCUAGGUCUUCAGUGCCAGCGUUGUCGCUUGGUUCCAUCAACUCUCCGUCAUUGCCCUGGGAUCCCCUGAUAUCAGCUCUGUCUCCUUCGGUCGUCCUGGAGAUGUUGUCGGCCAUGCGGACAACACCUUGGCUCCUCCCUCCAUCGACUCCGCCAUGGGGUGUCAUUCAUGCUGUACUUUGGGGCUGCAACAUCAGGCCACAACUUCCAUCAGUGCUCCUGUGGUUGCUCCCACCAUCUGUGCCACCAUGGAGUUUCUGCCUUUCUGCCUGCCUAUUCUCACCAGCCCUCUGCCUUCUCCUCCUUUCCAGCCCUUCUCCAACUCCUCGCCCUCCUCCAAAGCCCCCACCAUCCCUCCCUUACCUCUUCAUCAGCGGCGCGAGGUCGCGCCUUCCAGGAGGGGGCGUUAUGUCACGGUUCUGUUUAGUUUCAUUUUGUGUUUUCAUGGACUUGUCAUUGGUUUUCUUCAGUCACAUGUCUUUUUGUUCAGUUUUCCCGCCAUUCUUUAGUUGUCAUGGUAAUUCAUUUAAUUUACUCAGGUGUUCAUCGUUAUGGCCCUUAUUUGUCUUGCAUUUAAGUUGCUGCUGUGUGAUCUUUCAUUUGUUCUGGUAUUGUCUGUGUAAUACACAGCUGUCUCGCAGUUUGGCAUUCUGUGGAUUUAUUUAAUAAACCUUGUUUCAUUUUCA